AUGAAGGUUCUCAAGACAGUUUGCGUUCUUCUUCUCAUAUGGGAUAUGGUGAUUUGGUACUUUGGUCGACACAGUCUAUGUGGAGUCGAUCUUAUUGGAGACUGAUGAUCAAACCUAUGAGUUGCUGGGUUGUUUCUGGAUUCUGCAUGGACCUGUUCAAGCUUUUCAGAGAUCUGAUGAUAAAGCCUAAAUUCAACUGCCUAUACCAGGGGUGUGCGGCAAAUUUGUCGAAUUUGCCGGGCUCGGCAAAUUCGGCUCGUUUAUAAUGGCAAGCCGAUCAAGAGGGCCAAGUCGCCUCUUCAAGGUGCCUGCCCAAAUCAUUCUACUAGAAUAAAUAUUUCAGCUCAAUACUCACUUGGUGCUGACAACACCCCAAAGGUAGGCGAGAACGUGAAGAAGAUGUCGACUCAAGCUCAUAAGGAUUAUAUAUCUGGAUUGAAUUCACAUCGUCAGCUCGUUGCAAAUAAUUUGUCAAUCGCCAACAUGCACGAGCUUAGUUUCGACGAUGGCCUCGCAAAUCUUGUCUCGGACAUGACAUGCAACGACUACGCGAGACAUAUCCAAAUGAGUAUGGAAACAUCGGAGAUGGAAAAGUUUAUGAAAAAACUGAACACUUCACGUGAAAGAAAACGAUUUUUGGAGACAAUAAUUGUCUGAACAAGGCAUUUUUUUCAGAAUAUUCAGAAUAAAGACAUUGACGCCCUCAUGAUAAUCAACCCUACCCAAACUCGGGUGGGAUGUGCGAAUGCUAAAUGUGACCAUUAUGAGACUGUGCAUUGUAUAUUUGGACCAAAGGACAAAAUAACAGCGGACGACUUCAAGAUUGGAAGCGCCGGCACGGCGUGCCCGGUGGGAAGACGGCCAAGAAUUUGUGCAAGUUCUCCGAGGCGGUGCUCUCCGUGUGGCUCACCAUUUUGCUCAUCGUGUUUGUGAAC